AUGGAAAGACACUUUCAGACGCAGCACACUGAGCAGAAACGCACCAGAGGACGCCCAUCGAAGGCUACUGUAGCAACUGCGCCCCAGUGGAAGAAAGUGUCGUGCCAGCGUCUCUUCAUAGGAGGCUCUAAAAGUCAGUACUUUGCAGUUAUCUCGCCCGCUGAAGUCAAGGAGGGAGAAGAGGCGCAGAGACGCCAAGAAAUGGCAACCAAAUUACCCGAGGCAGAAUACAUACGCGUACAAAUCGACGAGGCACUAGAGCAAGGCAACCAGGUGAUGAGCGCGCUUGAGAACGUGAUUCUGGACAACGCUGCGCCGACUGAAGUCUCACCAUGGCUCGAGAUGACGCGAUGGCCGAAAUAUCUCCAAGGCCAUUCAUUCGAUGAGGUAGCUUUGUUGGCAAGCCCUGCUGACCAAGCAUCAGAGCCACUUCUAGUUGAGUCCUCUGAUAGCUUGGAUCGCAUAGUAGAAGAAGCGCACAGCUCGAUACGGAACGACAAAGUCAACGUCUUUGAUCAGGCGCGCAUUAACAGCUUCAUCCAGCGGAGACGAGCUUUUGACCGGCCACUGAUGACUAAACUCCGCGAUUCGACAUAUCGGAACUACAAGCAGGUAUUCAAAAGACUCAUAUGUUUUGCAUACCGUACCAUCCAACCAGAAAAUCGCGUCGCGCUCGCCUAUCGUUUGACUACUUGCCAGCUUGGACACCUCGAUCAGAUGAUAGGUGUUGGCGAGGAGCUCGCUGAGUUCAAGCAAAGCCAAAGGCAAGGGAACGGCGUCGAUCAAGGGCCAAGAACUAUUCAUAGAACCAACGACUGGACAGCUUAG